UAUACACUACAGUAGGAGUGCGCGAGACAGGAGAAGGGUUGGCUUUUCGAAAGGGGCGGGGCGAGACGAGCCUGCUUUUCCCCGCCGCAAGGUGAGGGCGGCAGAACAGAGAAGAGCAGAGCAAAGGAGGGCGCGCGGUAGGGAGGGGGGAGGAGCGCGAGCGAGUGCGCGAGAGAGAGAGUGAGUGAGCCAGCGCGCGCGCACGCCGGGCCAGAUGAGGCAGCUGCAGCCAAGGCGCGUGAGCUUCGCUGCUGCUGUUGCUGCUGCUAAAGGGGGCCGAGGUGGCAAGGCGGAAAGAAAAAGGGAGGAGUGGGUUUCUCUUGGUUAGGAGCCUUGUAGUAGUUAUUUGCAUUGCAAGGGAAGAAGACAUGCAUUGAAUGAGGCUCGAAGGGAGGCAAUAGGAGCAGCAGCAGCAUCAAGGCGGCGCGCGCCCCGUGUAUAUGUGUGUUUUGCCUUCCAAGCGAGCGCGUGCCUCUGCCUGCCUGCCUUUUUCCUUUUCCACACACACGUUGCCUCGCUGCGUGAGCCUUUGCCGCUCUCCCUGCAGUGGGAAAGGAGCAAGAGCAGCAGCAGCAGCAAGCGGUGUCUGCGCCUCCUCCUCCAUCCUCCAUCCAUCCAUCCCUCCAUCCACCCUCCCUCCUCUUCUCCCCCUCCGCCCGCCUGCAAAGAGAGGACGAGGCUCCCAAAGCAACGGGGAUGCUCUGAAGGUGCUCCUUCCCUGCUGCGGCCAGCGCGUGCUUCCUCCGCCUUGAGGGGGCUCGGGCUUCCCCAACCCCCAGCCAUGCCCCCAGCGGCUUCCCGAGGCCGCCUCCUCCUCCUCCUCCUCCUCCUCUCCAGAUGACCAAGAAAUAGGCGGGUUGCUUCCCCGAAGCCUUCCUCUCCCCCUAAUCCCACUUCUCCCUGAGACAAUCCCCGACGGACGGAGGGAGGAUGCCGGGGCACUGGUCUCCCUUCUUCCCGGGAGAAGGGCCCCGGCGGAGGAGGAGGCUGGGCCGCGUGGCCCCCGCGAGCCCCUUCUGACCCCCAGGGAAGAAGAAGAAGAUGCUGCUGGUGCUGCUGGUGCCCGAGCUGCCUCCCCGCUGGGCUUGAGGGGCCGCCGGUGCCUGCCUGCCUGCCUGCCUGCCAUCCUUCCCUCCUCUGCGCUCCUGUUGGGCCGGUCGCAGGCUAUGGGGGCCUUUCCUCGGGGGCAGCCUGGUUCUCAAGGGAGAAGCCUGGAGCGGCUGCUGCUGACAUCCUGGAGGAGGAAGAAAGACCGGGCUCUCCCAUCCCCAACCCCGUGACUGACUGACUGACUGACUGACUGACAGACAGACAGACAGACAGACAGACUGAGAGACGGGCUUCCAAGGAGCUGGCUAUUCCUUCAUCUCUGGGAACUUUGGAUGCAGCCCGGACUGACUCCUCAAAAGUUCUGGAAACUGUCCCUUUUCCCCUUCUGAGAUUGGUCCUCAGGCCAUGAGUGGGAUUCCUCCUAGUGGUGCUUCCGCCUCCUCCUUCCCUUGAGGCAGGAUCCCUCUCAUGUCCCGCUCCAAUAGCGUCAGCCCUCCGGGGUUUGGCGCCCCAACUGCUGCUUCUGGAGGCGGAGGAGGAGGGGAGCAGCACCGCUCUGCCUGGGGAGAGGCUUCCUCCGAGUCCAGGGCCAAUGGAUACUCCUACCCACUCCCUACCAGGGCUUCCUCACUCAGGAGGUCUUCCCCCAUGGCAAACAGGUGGAGGAACGAGGAAGACUAUGAGCUGCCCGGUGGAGGAGGAGGAGGCAGGAACCCCCAUGGGGUGAGUGGCUGCAGGAUGCUGAGCUUCCGGUCCAAGUCCGCCUGGCAGGACCACGAGAAGGGACAGCCACCCUCACUGGGUGCCAGCCCCAGGCGUUAUGGCGUGGAGCAAGGCGAGGUGCGCCCGCGCUCUGUGGAGCUGGGCCUGGAGGAGAAGCGCAUCAAGGCCAAGAUCGAGGAGCUGGAGGAGGAGGAGGAGCGGCUGGAGGACGAAAGGAGGUCCCAGAGGGUCUUCUCCCUGGGCCGCUGCUGCGGUGCCCUGCUGCAGGUCUUCAGGUCCAAGAAGUUCCAGUCAGAGAAACUGGAGCACCUCUACCAGCGCUAUUUCUUCCGCCUCAACCAAAGCAGCCUGACCAUGCUGAUGGCUGUGCUGGUCCUGGUCUGCUUGGUCAUGCUGCUCUUCCACACGGUCCACGGCCGCUACCAGGUGCCCUACGUGGUGGUGCUGUCCCUGGCCAUCCUGCUGAUGGUGGCCCUGGGCGCUGUCUGCAACCGCAAUGACUUCCACCAGGACCACAUGUGGCUCAUGUGCUACUCCGUCAUCCUUGUGGUGUUUGCCGUGCAAGUGGUUGGCUGCUUGCUGAUGCAGCCCCGGAGUGCCUCUGAAGGCAUUUGGUGGACUAUCUUUUUCAUCUACAGUAUCUACACCUUGCUGCCGGUCAGGAUGAGGGCUGCCGUCAUCAGCGGCAUGGUACUUUCCGCCAUCCACCUGGCCAUUUCUUUCAAAAUCAAUGCAGAAGACAAGUUUUUACUGAAACAGCUGGUAUCCAACAUCCUCAUCUUCAUCUGUACAAACAUUGUAGGGGUGUGUACACACUAUCCAGCUGAGGUGUCUCAAAGACAGGCAUUUCAGGAGACCAGGGAAUGCAUCCAAGCCCGUCUACAUUCUCAGAGAGAAAACCAGCAGCAGGAGCGCCUCCUGCUCUCCGUACUUCCUCGCCAUGUUGCCAUGGAGAUGAAAGCUGAUAUUAAUGCCAAAAAAGAAGAUAUGAUGUUUCAUAAAAUUUACAUCCAGAAGCAUGACAAUGUCAGCAUUCUCUUUGCGGACAUAGAAGGCUUCACCAGUCUGGCUUCCCAGUGCACUGCUCAGGAGCUGGUGAUGACGCUGAAUGAACUCUUUGCCAGAUUUGAUAAACUUGCAGCUGAGAAUCAUUGUUUACGUAUAAAAAUCCUUGGUGAUUGCUAUUACUGUGUAUCUGGAUUACCUGAAGCAAGAGCAGAUCAUGCACACUGCUGUGUUGAAAUGGGAAUGGAUAUGAUAGAGGCCAUCUCAUUAGUGCGAGAGGUAACAGGUGUCAAUGUCAACAUGCGUGUUGGGAUCCACAGUGGGAGAGUUCACUGUGGAGUCUUGGGCCUCAGAAAAUGGCAGUUUGAUGUGUGGUCAAAUGACGUCACGUUAGCCAACCACAUGGAAGCAGGCGGCAAAGCCGGGCGAAUCCACAUAACAAAAGCUACAUUAAACUAUCUGAAUGGUGACUACGAAGUGGAGCUGGGUUUUGGCGGGGAACGCAAUGCUUACCUCAAAGAGCAUAGCAUCGAGACUUUCCUCAUCGUACGAUGCAGCCAGAAAAGGAAAGAAGAGAAAGCAACAAUAGCCAAGAUGAAUCGUCAGCGCGCUAAUUCCAUUGGCCACAACCCUCCGCACUGGGGAGUGGACCGCUCCUUUUACAACCACCUUGGCAGUAAUCAGGUUUCCAAGGAGAUGAAAAGAAUGGGUUUUGAAGAUCCGAAUAAUAAGAAUAUUCAGGAAAACAUGAAUCCAGAAGAUGAGGUGGAUGAGUUCCUGGGCCGAGCAAUUGAUGCCAGAAGCAUUGAUCGCUUACGUUCUGAACAUGUCAGGAAGUUUCUCUUAACAUUUAGGGAACUUGACUUGGAGAAGAAGUACUCCAAACAGGUGGAUGAUCGAUUUGGUGCAUAUGUGGCAUGUGCCUCCCUAGUCUUCCUCUUCAUCUGCUUCGUUCAAAUCACAAUUGUGCCACACUCUGUGUUUAUGCUGGCAUUUUACCUGACCUGUUUUGUGAUCCUGACCACCGUAGUGUUUGUUUCAGUUAUUUACUCCUGUGUAAAGCUUUUUCCAGCUCCACUCCAGACCCUUUCAAGGAAGAUUGUUCAGUCCAGGACCAAUAACACCAUAGUUGGGGUCUUUACCAUUGUUCUGGUUUUCUUCUCAGCCUUUGCCAACAUGUUCACAUGCAGCACUGUGGACCUCCUCCAUUGUGUGGCUGAAGAGUAUAACAUCACCCCACAUGAAGUGGACAUGUGCCAUAUUAACGACUUUGCCUCCAAUUAUAGUCUGGGGACAGCGCAGGGAUUAUGUGCUAGCUCCCAGCCAAGCUGCAACUUUCCAGAGUAUUUUACCUACAGUGUCUUACUGAGCCUCCUGGCCUGCUCUGUGUUCCUUCAGAUCAGCUGCAUCGGGAAACUCAUUUUGAUGUUGAUUAUUGAAUUUAUAUAUGUACUCAUUGUGGAAGUGCCGGGGCUUACCCUCUUUGAUAAUGCAGAUCUCCUGGUUACAGCCAAUGCAAUUGUGUUUCCCAAUGGGACAUCAAAUGGAAUGUGUCCUCCAAGUGUGUCCCGGGUGGCCCUCAAGAUUGUAACCCCUGUCGUGAUCACAGUGUUUGUGUUGGCGGUCUAUCUCCAUGCUCAGCAGGUGGAGUCGACAGCACGGCUUGAUUUCCUCUGGAAGCUUCAGGCCACUGAAGAAAAAGAGGAGAUGGAGGAACUACAGGCCUACAACAGACGGCUUCUCCACAACAUCUUGCCAAAGGAUGUGGCAGCCCACUUUCUUGCGCAGGAGCGGAGGAACGAUGAGCUGUAUUACCAGUCCUGUGAGUGCGUGGCUGUCAUGUUUGCUUCCAUCUGCAACUUCUCAGAGUUCUACGUAGAAUUGGAAGCCAACAACGAAGGGGUGGAGUGCUUGAGGCUCCUUAAUGAAAUCAUUGCUGACUUCGAUGAGAUCAUAAGUGAGGACCAGUUUCGACAGCUGGAAAAGAUCAAAACCAUAGGCAGCACAUACAUGGCUGCUUCUGGCCUGAAUGAUUCCACUUAUGACAAAGUGGGCAAAACACAUAUCAAGGCCCUGGCUGACUUUGCAAUGAAGUUAAUGGAUCAAAUGAAAUACAUUAACGAGCACUCAUUCAACAACUUCCAGAUGAAAAUAGGACUCAAUGCUGGUCCAGUGGUAGCUGGGGUCAUAGGUGCACGUAAGCCCCAGUAUGAUAUUUGGGGGAACACAGUGAAUGUAGCCAGUCGCAUGGACAGCACAGGAGUGCCUGAUAGGAUUCAGGUGACCACGGACAUGUAUCAGGUUUUAAUGGUCAACAACUAUCAGCUAGAAUGCCGAGGGGUUGUUAAGGUCAAAGGUAAAGGAGAAAUGACUACCUACUUCUUAAAUGAAGGCCCAUCAGCAAGUUAGCAGCAGUGGGCAAAAGGGACUCUCAAGAAUGGCUCAGUUUGAUUCCAACACCUCAGUCAAUUGGAGAAAAACCUGCUGUUCUUCAGCGAAUCGAAUACAAAGGCAUGGAUGAGGCUUUCAUGUGAUGCCUUCCUAGCAGGAUUGUGUGCAAGGGGAAAAAAAACCCAGUCUGGGCUACAGAGCACACCAUUCAGAAGUUACCUAGCGCUGCUGUGGAUCUCCCCGCCCCCUCCAAGUUUAAACGUUAAGUGAAUUGACCAAAGAUUUAUGCUUAAUGGAAUUUGAAGACACAGAUUUAAGAUCUUCAAGGAGGCUGCUAAGCAGGACUUAAGAUAUUUAAGUAUUUAUUUCAAGUAACACAAUGUUUUUACUUGGUUGAAGGAAAGUAUGAUUCAUUGUGACAAAAGGAGAAAAAAUGAAGAGCAUUACUUUGGAAAGGCUGUGCACUUCCAUACUAUUUCUGGUCCGUGCUGUCCAGCUCCUUGAAGUAUGCCACUGUUCUUUUAUUAGGUGUUUGAGUGGGCUUUGAAAAUUACAAUGCCACCCACUACUGCUGUAUUCAAGGGGCCUUCCUAAUAGUGCCACGAGUAAGGUUUUUACAUUGGAAAAAGAUGCCUUGUCAUGUACUUCUGCCGUCCCUACACUAGAUGUGAGGCUUAUUCUUUUUACCGAGACUGAUGCGUUAAAGAGAGAGAAAGAGAGAGAGCGAGAGAGAGAAGCUUUGCUUAAGGUGAAGAAAAAUGACUCUUCAAGCAUAUUCAUCACAUGAAAAGGCCUUGGUGCUCCUGUUUGGCGCAUAUCUGUUUACAUGUGAAUGAUUAACUAUUAGCAUGAAACACGUGGACAGGGAGAUUUCGCUAAAGUGUGAGGGACUGCUGGUUUUGGUGUGGGCUUUUUAAAGGAUUUUAAUAUAGACAAUAUUGAGUUCUAAUACAUCCAAAUUCUAUAUUUUGUAAACUCUCUGAACAGGCACACAAGAAGAAAUCCACUUGUAGUGGGGUGCACCAAUUGCUUUGUGAAGGGAUGUGAAGCAGGGUUGGACCACUGCCAUGCAGCCAACUAGCUUAGCCCUGGCACCUUCGAGUGGCAUUUGCCAACUGUGAGGCAGAGCAGAUAUAUUUGGACUCUGUCUAGCACCCCCUUAGCAUCUGAGCCACUUCUAUGGCAUCACCAUCAGUGAAGAUUCCUGGUAUUUGGAAAGGGGGUCAAGUGUUGCUGAGGGCAAACCCACACACUCUCUUUCCCCCCACCUGGUUCCCUCUGAGGGUCGGUCAGGGCUAUGCAAUGUUUCUGCCCUUCAGUUCUGGCCCAGCCGUGGGGCUGUGCACACAGGGCAAGUGGGAGAUGUACAUAAGCUGUUGAAUUGUGUGACGUUCUUUUCAUUAUUUUCUGAAUUGCAGACUUGGCAGUUUUCAGACAAACCCUGUACAGGCCAGGAAAGAAAUAUAACAACCCCAAACGAAGGGAUGCUUGAGUUUGUUUUGAGGAAAUGAAGUGCAUGAAAACUAUGAUUACGCAGACAAGGAAAACCAAAAAGCUAGAAUAACCACAUCCAUUAGUGGUAUUAAAAGGAGCUGAGUUCAAGAAGUAAUCAAGAAACAAUUUUGAAAUUGUUAUUUGUGAGGAAUUAUAGUGACCACCACUUCUGUUGUGUAUUUGAACAACAGCAGAUGAGGCAAGAUUUUCUUUUUGAAAGACUGUAUGUUUACAACUCGUGUAAUAACUGCCUGUAGUGCUUCUGCGGAAUCUUACCUAGAAUUUUUUUGCACUCUUGGACUGAUGUUGUGAAAGUUUUAUUCUUAGUUUGCACUGAUUGUGGAACGCACUUCGAAGAUUUAAGCCGGUUUCCCCCCCUCAGAACCAAACAAUUAAUACCAUUGCUAGAGCCUAUGGGGAUAUUGUGCUGUCCUCUCCUGUUGAACAAGUUGGAAAAAAAGAGGGCCAGGGUCUUGAGUUAAAAGAAAGAGAGGAAUUCUUAAUAGAUGCAUUACUGAAUUAAAUACAUUUUGAACUUUUAAAGGCAAA